GGUGCACGUUUUACGUCAGUACGUGGCGAGCAGGACGAGCGCGCGCACGUUUCCUGCUAUUUUAUUCGCGUUUUUCGAAUCGACCGUUUUUUGAUAUAGAUAUAAGGAACCAAAAAUAGUACCUACAUCCAAUUUAUUAAAUUGAAUCGUCGGAACGUUUUACAACUUUAUAUUCGUGAAUUUAUUUUUAUAGAGUGGUUUUAACAAAAUUCCUGCUACAAAAAAUUUUUGUAGACUGGUUUAAAGUUGGACUGGAACAUUGUAUUACAACAAAAAACAAUCUCAACGCACAUAAAAUGGUAUAAACUCUAUUCUAUAAAUAUAAUGAAACCAGAAACGAUGGAGUCUAAACAAGAAUCAAUUAAACCAAUUUCCAUUCGAAAAGGUCUUUUAAUGUCUCCAAUGACAGCAGGAGUAUACUCAAACACCCUAAUCAACAAGCAUAAAAGAGCUGGUUCAACUGGAACGACCGGCGAUGAAUCUUACACUACCGACGAAGAGGAUAACGUCGAAUUAGAUGAACAAGAUUGUUCCAUAAAAGACCAUGUAACAAAGAACCUAUUUAGCAACCACAAUUCCAACGAUUUCGGUUUAAUUUCCGACAUAUCAACGAUAACCGAUAAAGUUGUAGUUGUCGACAAAGUUGAAAGAAUCAACGGGAUGCAUAGAAAUAGUUCAGAUAGUUCGGUUUAUAGCGAUCUUUUAGAGAAAUGUGUAGACGAAAUCGAUUUAGCUUAUAGCACUUCAGACCAUGAAAGUAGCAGUAAUGGGCAAGGACCAAGCGGAGAUCAAGUUGAUUGGACCGGCGGCGAAGACAACGAAUUUAACGAGUUGAGUUAUAGUAGAUUGCGAAAGGAACUGCAAGAAGCCCAUCAUGAAUUAAGAUUAAGGGAUGAGGAAGUUGACAAAUUAACGAGGAUACGGAGGGAUGUAGAGAGCGAAUUGGAAGAUUUAACAGCUAGUUUAUUCCAAGAAGCCCAUAACAUGGUUCGUGAGGCGAAUGAAAAGCAGGCGGCAGCAGAAAAAGCCCUAAAAGAAAGCCAAAUGAAAGUUGACGUGCUCACAGCGGAAGUGGCCGCUUUGAAAACUUUGGUGCUCACUUCGACCCCGAGCAGACCCAAUCCACAUCUACACCCGCAAAUUGAUCCCAAAGGAAAAGAAGACGGAGUGGCCAUUUUUACAAAGAAACACCGAAGAUCCCCAUCACAUUUCAACUUAAAGUACGGAAGAGAAAAUUCACCGCCGGAAUCGCCUAUAAAAGAAGUUCAAUCUUUCGUUUCAACAUCUCAACCCACCCAACUCGACAAAGAUCUACUCGAGGUUGAUCCUGUUCUUCACGAAGAGUUUUUAGCUUGGAAACAAAAACCCACAUUAGAUAAAACAAAUCCUUUUGUACGAAGAGUCUACGAGGAAGACAUCGAUUUGUGCCUAAAGUUUAGCAAUUGGGAACUUUCGAAAAAAGUACGAACAGCUUUAGAAGCUGGGACAAUUUUUAUCGAAGCGAUUAACGAUAAAAAUAAAACUGUUUUUCCUAAAAAAUGUGCCUUGUUAGAGGUUCCAAGACAAUGUUUUUAUCGAAUGAGUAUUGGAGAACCGGAAACUUGGUAUUAUAUCUCACAAAUAUGCCGAAAUAGGAUAAUCGCAGUCUGUGAUUUUCUAAACUACUUAAAAUAUAUUGAAGGAGGUCUUGUAAAAAGCUCAGCACAUGACGUGUAUUGGGAGGUUGCAAGACUUCGUAAAGAAAUAGUCCUAGCAAGAUUAGGCCUAAACUUAAGUUCCUGACGUUAAAAAGUAUCCCAAGGAAAUUAAUUAAAAUCUACUAUUUGUAUAUAAAUCAAUUUAAAUAACAUUUUUGAUAUUGUGCCAACGAAAAAAAAUGGGGAUUUUUAAACAUGUAAAUAUUAAUCGAAACGAAGUAAAUUUAGUAGUGUAAUAGAUCUGUAUACUCAAGCCAAAGACUUGUCUGUAAAAUGUACUCUUCUCAAGUACUCGUAAAAAUAUUGACAAAACCAACUAUAGACCUUGACACAAACAAUUAAUUAAAGAAAAUGUAAAAAAUUAAAUUAAUAAUUUAAUCAUUAUCAGCUUAACGCGAGGUCUUGGUUGUAAUUUUUUUUUUGAUUUCGUAAUCAAUGUAUUUUUAUGUAAUUUUAUUAAUGUAAUGUAUGUUUAAUUGUAUAUGUUGAAUAUAUGAAUGAAUCUCUUUAAAAGGAUAUUGUUAAGAAAUAAACGAGUUUACAAAUUAU